AGAAACGUCAAACUGCCACCUUAACCCUUUUUCUUCUCCACCAAAUUUCAAUUGAACCUCCAAUCCAUUCCGCAGGAGGCUGCAGAUCUUGAGUUUUGACUGAAGAAGAAGAUGGGAAUAGCAGUAGUGGGUAUGGAUUCACUCAGCGAAAGAGCAGCUAUGAUGCGAGAGUCCCUGCAGAAAAGCCAAACCAUCACCGACGAUGUCGUCUCCAUUCUUGGCUCCUUUGACAGCCGCCUCUCUGCUCUCGAGACCGCCAUGCGUCCUACUCAGAUUAGAACACAUUCUAUAAGGAAGGCUCAUGAGAAUAUAGAUAAGACUUUGAAGGCUGCAGAGGUUAUACUGGCACAAUUUGAUCUUUCUCGUCAGGCAGAGACUAAAAUACUUAAGGGUCCACAUGAUGACCUAGAAAGUUAUCUAGGAGCAAUAGAACAGCUAAGAAACAGCAUUCGCUUUUUUAGCAGCAAGAAAAGCUUUAGGAAUAGUGAUGGUGUUGUUGACAAUGCAAACAGUUUACUUGUUAAAGCUCUUUCAAAGCUAGAAGAUGAGUUUGAGCAGCUAUUAGCAUCAUACAGCAAGCCUAUUGAGCCUGAACGCCUUUUUGAUUGUCUUCCAAACUCACUGCGCCCGUCAUCAGGAUCACCAGGACACCAGGCUGAUUCUGGUCCAAAGAUUGCUUCUACUAACCAUUCUGAGCGGCAGAACAAUGACUUAGAAAAUGCUGUCUAUACCACACCCACUCUUAUACCACCACGCAUUCUGCCACUACUGCAUGAUCUAGCACAGCAAAUGGUUCAAGCUGGUCAUCAGCAGCAGUUAUCAAGAAUAUACAGAGAGACCCGAUCUUCAGUUUUGGAACAAAGUCUUCGAAAAUUGGGAGUUGCAAAACUUAGCAAAGAUGAUGUCCAGAAAAUGCAGUGGGAGGCUUUGGAGGAAAAAAUUGGGAACUGGAUUCAUUUUAUGCGCAUUGCUGUUAAAUUGCUUUUUGCUGGAGAAAGAAAAGUUUGUGAUCAAAUAUUUGAAGGCUAUGAUUCUCUUAGUGAUCAAUGUUUUGCUGAAGUUACUGCAAGUAGUGUCUCAGUUCUUCUUAGUUUUGGAGAAGCAAUAGCUAGAAGCAAGAGAUCACCAGAAAAAUUAUUUGUGCUUUUAGACAUGUAUGAGAUAAUGAGAGAGCUUCACUCAGAGAUUGAAGCACUUUUCAAAGGUAAAGCAUGCACUGAAAUUAGAGAAUCAGCCUUGGGCUUGACAAAAAGACUUGCUCAGACAGCACAGGAUACCUUUGGUGAUUUUGAAGAAGCGGUUGAAAAGGAUGCCACAAAAACUGCUGUACUGGAUGGAACUGUCCAUCCAUUGACGAGCUAUGUCAUUAACUACGUAAAAUUUUUAUUUGACUACCAAUCAACACUGAAGCAACUAUUCCAGGAAUUUGAAAAAGGAGAUGAGACGAAUUCUCAGUUAGCCUCUGUGACAAUGAGAAUUAUGCAGGCUCUUCAAACAAAUUUGGAUGGAAAAUCAAAGCAGUAUAAAGAUCCUGCUUUGACUCACUUAUUUCUCAUGAACAAUAUUCACUACAUGGUCAGAUCUGUUCGAAGGUCUGAAGCCAAAGAUCUUUUAGGGGAUGAUUGGGUUCAGAUACACAGGAGGAUUGUGCAGCAGCAUGCUAAUCAAUACAAAAGGAAUGCUUGGGCUAAGAUUCUCCAGACUCUCUCUGUACAAGGGCUGACUUCAUCUGGGGGUGGUAGUUCAGUAGGUGGUGACAGUGGAAGCAGUAGUGGAGCUUCAAGAGCAUUGGUUAAAGACAGGUUCAAGACAUUCAAUAUGCAGUUUGAAGAGCUUCAUCAAAGACAAUCUCAGUGGGCUGUUCCAGAUACUGAGUUAAGAGAAUCCCUUAGGCUAGCCGUUGCUGAAGUCUUGUUGCCUGCCUAUCGAUCUUUUAUAAAACGUUUUGGAAAUCUAGUUGAGAGUGGGAAGAACCCGCAGAAGUACAUCAAGCACACAGCAGAGGAUCUUGAACGAAUGUUGGGUGAAUUCUUUGACGGGAAAAAUCCGAGUGAGCCAAGGCGAUAGUUUUGAUCUCUUCCUCUCUGGGGGCAGUACAGUAUGCAUUAAUACUGACAACUGACGACAAGGUUUGCAUCUUUCAUUUGCUGGAAGAAUCCUGAAGGGAAAAAAAAAAAUGGAAUUUGUUUGUCACGAUGAUGAAUGUGUGUGCACCUACAUUGAAGAUUGAGAAUUAAGAGCUUGAUUGUGUCAUUUUGCAGAAUGCCAUGGUGUGGUUUAAUGAAACAUGUAUUUUGUAUCUAAUAUAGCAAUUACGUUGUUUUCCUAAUGCAAACUGAUGAAUUAUUAAAAUAUUGCUUUAUUUUCUUUAAUUAAUGUAAAUAAAAUAAAAUUAAGAAG